AAAGCUGCGCGUGCGCGGGCUCAGCCGGCGUGGAGCCGGAGGUGGGUUAGCGGCCAAGCGGGGGCUGGCGGGGACCAUGCUGUCACCGGAGGCAGAGCGGGUCCUGCGGUACCUGGUGGAGGUGGAGGAGCUCGCCGAGGAGGUGUUGUCGACCAAGCGGCAGAUUGUGGACCUGGACACCAAACGGAAUCAGAACCGAGAGGCCCUGAGAGCCCUGCAGAAGGAUCUCAGCCUCUCUGAAGAUGUGAUGGUUUGCUUCGGGAGUAUGUUUAUCAAGAUGUCUCACCCUCAGACGAAGGAAAUGAUUGAGAAAGAUCAGGUGCGUCUGGAUAGCGAAAUAGAGCAACUCCGGAAACAACUUAAACUGAACGUCAGCCGCCUCUUUGAGGCCCAAGGAAAGCCGGAGCUGAAGGGCUUUAACUUGAACCCCCUCAACCAGGAUGAGCUUAAAGCUGUCAAGGUCAUCUUAAAAGGAUGAAGCUCAAGAACCAAGACGGGGGACCUAAGACCAGUAUCCCCUUGGGGCCAUGGAGGGCCCAGGACCCUCCCACCUUGAAGCCUGCAAGGAUAGGAUCUGCCCUGUGAGGGGGACAGGCGUCUGGAGUCUGGCCAUGGCUCCUAUAUGAAGCUUUUCUCUCUAGCGCUUGGCUGCUCUAGAAGGCAGGUGGGAACCUCAGCCUGCAGUGUCUGCUGGGCCUGCGGCCGGACUGGGUGGACACAAGACCCUUUGACAGGCCCUGGCAGCCACCAGUGGGUGGGUGGGGGUGUGAGAAUGACUGCAACAGGCAGUUCUCGACAAUGGCCUGCUGUUCAGAUGGGCUCCGGGAAGGGCGGGGGAAGAGCGAGAGCUUCAUUCCAGCGCUCCUCUCAGAGAAGGAGAGCGACACAGUCAAACCACAUGUGUAAUGGAAUCAGAGUAAAACAGGAGACUCCCAGGUGCUUCUGAGCAAAGGACAGAGAUCUUGGUGCUUCCUGGUUCACCAUGGCCAUCUGUGGGGCCGACACACCCAUGUCCCUUCUGCUGUCUCUUUGGCCUCCCCUUUUGCCCUUUUUUUUCCUGCUUGUUUCCAGGAUGGAGCACAGAGUGGGUGCUGCUUAUCAACCCUGGUGGCUGCUCUUUAGUCAGGAAGGCCUUGCAGAGACCUGCACCAGGAAUGGACGAGUGGGGCUGCCCCUAACUCACUGCACAUAGAUGGGAUGGCAAGGAUGCCGUCCUCUGCCUCUGAGAGUGAGGCCUGCCAGGGCCCUCCCCACUCACAGCUCCCUUUUGCCUUCUGCCGUCUGAGGUCCUAUCGUGAAUGUGCUGUGAGGGCAGCGCUGUGGCUUUGUACUCAUUGAGGGCUCAAUAAAUACUUGCUAAAUGAACAAA